AUGAACCCUCUCACCAGCUCCGAAGCGCCGCCCCUCGACGGCACCCCCGUAGCGUCCGCCGACCUCCGCUCCGGCCUCGGCGCUGCCCCGACCCUCCCCGUCUUCACCCUCAACGACCGCAUCGUCGUCGUCACCGGCGGAGCGAGCGGUCUUGGCCUCGUCAUGGGCAAGGGCAUCGUUGAAACCACCCCUCGUAUCACAGCCCACCACGCUGAUGUAUCCGAUCCCGCCUCCGUCGCCUCCUGCAUCGCCAGCAUCCUCUCCACGCACAAAAAAAUAGACUCCCUCGUCACCUCCGCCGGCUUCACCGAGAAUUGGCCCGCCACCGAGUACCCCCCGGACCGCAUGCGCCGCCUCUGGUCCGUCAACGUCGACGGGACCUACCUCUUCGCCGUCGAGGUCGCGAAGCACCUUAUGGAGAGGAAGGCUGAGGGUAGCAUGGUUUUUAUUGGGAGCAUGUCGGGUGCCAUUGUCAACGUUCCCCAGCCGCAAGCGCCCUAUAACGCCUCCAAGGCCGCCGUCCGACACCUCGCCUCCUCUCUUGCUGUCGAGUGGGCCACCUCCGGCAUCCGCGUAAACUGCAUUUCACCGGGCUACAUGCUCACAGCUCUAACCGAAAAGAUCCUCGACGCUCGCCCGGACCUAAAAGAAAAGUGGAUAAGCGGCAUCCCCAUGGGCAGAAUGGGGAACCCGCAAGACCUCAUGGGUCCCGUCACAUUCCUGCUCUCGGACGCCUCGAGGUAUGUGACUGGCGCCGAGUUGAGGGUGGACGGCGGCUAUACCGUAAUUUAG